CAAUCUGGCGCAAGGCAUUGUGGGUAUUGGAGUCUUUUAGAGACAUGGCGCAAGAUCCGUUUACAGAAGAACAGAACGGGAACUUGGCAAGAUUUGCUUCUUCAUCCAUGAAUAGUGUACAUGGUAGAUAUACCAAACCACAGUAAUGACUCUUGGCCUUUCAACAACUGUUUGCCAGGGUCCAUCUGAAUGCCAUGGGUAUGAUUUGCCUCUUCUUUAUUGAGAUUGUCUCACACCCCCAACUCGCCUCAUCCAUCCUCGGGAGAAUCCUAAUAGAAUUACCGAUCCUUUUUGGGAAAUCAGAUUUUCACACCUUCCUUGAGUGUGUAUGUGGCACAGGUCUCUAGAGGUAAAGCGAGGGGAAACUGACUUUGAGGAGCAGUCCUGGUUGAAUCUCUGAGGCGUCACUCUACUUCUGGCAACGGACAGCAAGAGUGUCAGAAAGAGAUAGUGUACACACUGACUGAUACCUCUCAUCCAGCAAUCUUCAAUGGGACAUAUUGGCUCCCUCCAGGACCCCAUGAUCACAGGGCAGCUGAGCAAACCGCUGCUCUCUCUGCGCAGCGACAUGAGCGCGGCAGAACUCCGGGACAAAGCACCUAGCCCCGACAGCGACCUGAACGACGAGCCCUUAUUGCUGCCCUCUGAAGCCCCGGAGCGAGAGGGCACCCCCAGCAAGCUGUACGGGGCCCGGGACGGAUCAGUGCAGUCCGACGCCAGUAGCAGUCCCUCUGAGCAAAGCCACCUGGGCCAGUCCCACCCUGCAUAUCCCAUGGGACCACAGUCACUCCUGAUGGCACAGCAGUUGGCCAGCGCAGUAGGUGGUGUAAUGUCUGGGGCGGCUCCAGGCAUGAAUCAGCCCAUCCUCAUCCCGUUCAGUGCAGGCGGGCACCUGGGCAGUCAGCAGGGCCUGGUCCUGUCUCUGCCCACAGCCAACAUCCAGAGCCUGGUGGCUGCGGCCGCCGCAGGGGGCAUCAUGAGCCUGCCUCUCCAAAACCUGCAAGCUACCUCAUCACUCAACUCCCAGCUCCAGCACCUCCAGCAGCUCCAGCAGAUGCAGCAGCAGCAGCAGCACCAACAGAGCCACAGCCACAACCAGCUGCCCCCCCAGCACCAUAUGACUCCGCCCAGCCAGCAGACCUCUGUCCCCUCCCCAGGCUCCACAUGCUCCUCCACCGGACAGCCACAGCAAUCUCCCCCACACCGGCCCAACCAGUCCCCCGCCCGCAGCCUGCCGUCACCUGUCACCCCACCCAUGCCUUUGCCGCAGCUCAACCCUCUGGCCAGUCAGGCGGCAAUGGCAGCAGCCGCAGCGAUGGGCUCCAUGGGCUCCAUGGGCUCCCAGGUGUUUGGGAACACCCUGUCAAACCUACAAGGAGCCACGGGACAGCUGGUGACCAAUGCACAAGGACAGAUAAUUGGAACAAUCCCACUGAUUCCCAACUCUGCAGGGCCCUCCAGCCAAUCAGGGGGUGGCAACCCAGCACUGCAGGUUCAGCCAAUUACACCUCAGCUUCUGACCAACGCUCAAGGCCAGAUCAUCGCCACGGUGAUCGGCAAUCAGAUCCUGCCUGUCAUCAACACCCAGGGAAUCACGCUGUCACCAAUCAAGCCCGGACAGCAGUUGCCCCAGGCUCCGCAGGGUCAGCCGGGCCCCGUGACUUCGCAGCCCAGCUUGAUGCACAUGCACAGACAGAGCCCCCUCCACCAGGCCUCCUCUUCCUCCUCCACCUCCUCCUCCGCCUCCUCGGCUCUCAGCGUGGGACAGCUGGUCAGCAACCCACAGACCGCCCCCAGUGAGGUGGACGGGGUCAACCUGGAGGAGAUCCGAGAGUUCGCCAAAGCAUUCAAGAUCCGCCGCCUGUCACUAGGGCUGACGCAGACGCAGGUGGGCCAGGCUCUGAGUGCCGCAGAGGGGCCCGCCUACAGCCAGUCCGCCAUAUGCAGACACACCAUCCUGAGAAGCCACUUUUUCCUACCACAGGAAGCCCAAGAGAACACUAUAGGUAACAGUCUGACUGGCAAACUGAACCCUGGCCUUUUAUAUCCUGCCAGGUUUGAGAAGUUGGACAUCACCCCUAAAAGCGCCCAGAAGAUAAAGCCCGUUCUGGAGCGCUGGAUGGCGGAGGCCGAAGCGCGCCACCGCUCCGGGAUGCAGAACCUGACAGAGUUUAUCGGCAGCGAACCGUCCAAAAAACGCAAGCGGAGGACCUCGUUCACCCCACAGGCUUUGGAGAUCCUCAACAGCCACUUUGAGAAGAACACACACCCGUCCGGUCAGGAAAUGACCGAGAUCGCAGAGAAACUGAACUAUGACCGCGAGGUGGUGCGAGUGUGGUUUUGCAACAAGAGGCAAGCUUUAAAAAACACAAUAAAGCGCUUAAAACAGCCCGAGCUGGGCCCGACCGCGCCCAUGGACACGCUCACCGAUUCACUAGAGGAUCUCCCAAAGUGAACGGCCAUUACAGCCACAACACGCCGUGGGAUGGACUCUUUCUGAAGGACUGUCAAAGAAAAACUUAAUGUUGUGCAGUGUGAUUACCACAGUUAUGUAAAUGACCUUGGCGAAACCAAAAAAGAGAUUACUAUGUGAGAAUAUGUACAAAUCCACCUGUGCUGUUGUCUGGACCAGACUAUUGCCCAAAUUUUGGUUCCCACCAGAAGGGAUUUAGUAAAGAGAUCAUACCAAAUCAAAACACUAUUUACCAAAGUCUGUUGCAUCUAAGAAUAAUUUUGUAAUGUAAAUGUGCUCUAAAUUUUUACAUUUGUACUGGCAAACUCUAAGCUAUAUGUGUGAGGUUGAAUAUACAUUUUAUCUUUGUCUUGCUUACUUUUUUCUUCAUUGUUUGUAUGUAAAUAUUGAGAAAAAAAAUGAAAAAUCUGUCACACCAAUGAACUACUUUUGGAUGAGAAUACCUUUGCUGUUGAACAAUUGCAUAAUAUUGUUGUUUGACUUUUGGUUUCAUCUGCGGACACGUUUGAGUUACAUUUCUACAGGUAUUUGUGGAUAAUGGGAUGAGAUUGUUGGAAGAAGAGGAGGAAGAGGAGUGUCUGUCAAGUCUCCUGCAGCUUGGAUCUGAGCUACUGUGUCAUUCUGUUGCCAAAGCUUGAUAGCCAAAGAACACAUUCACUGCUCAAAGACUGGCAAAUAUUUUACGGUUUUGUCUUUUUGUACACGUUUAUUUGAGAUUUUUUCAGACAUCUUUCACUUUCUGGGUCAACUAAAAAACUUUUGUUGUGCGACAAAUGUUUCUAUUGAAGAAAACCACAAAAAUACAUCAUAAGGUAGCCAAAAAAAACUGUACAACUGCCACUGAAAACGAUUAUUUAUUUUUAAUUACUGCUUGAUGGCACUGACCACUUUCUUUUCAGAUGUUUAAAUGCUUUUAAAUUGUCCAAAGUUUACAUAUUUUAAAAACUGUAUAUAAUUAUUUUUCAUUUCAUAAUACUUGCAACACUAUAUCUGUUAUAUUGUCCUUGAUUCACCAAAAUAUUCCAUCAAACUGCCCGUCUCUUACAGACAUGACAAAAAUAUAUUGAGAAUAAGUGUCACAUGUCAGAAAAGAGUGAACUUAAUUUGAAGUGAGGUGAAAUUUGAUGCAAUUUAUUCAAAAUUGUGUCACUACAAUAUCCAUCUUUCCUGUCACAUUGGUUAUCUCUAUUCUGGUAUGAACACACACUGAGUUAGAUGUGAAAAAAUCUAAAGCUUUAAAAGUUUACAAUUUUUUUUUUGAAUUUGAGCAAAUAAUAGUUGCUUUUUUUUCACAUUCAUCUUUUUUCCCACUGUUUGUACAAGGGUCAGUUCUGAGGCUUCACUUAAAAGCUGCAAAACCAAAAACACACUUAAAUAAAAACAACACAAAAUGAGUUUUUGCUUUCGCUCAACUCGUCAACGCUGGACCAAAGCUCUAUAGUUAUGCACAUUGUACAGAGAACUAGACUCACGAUGUUGACAAUCUUUAAAAUCUGAGAAGGGAAAAAAGAGAAUGAAAAUAAUGGUAAUGUUAUGUACAGUUAGUUGAUCCAAGGCUUACCUCAGUACUGUUCUUGUGAGAGUCAUCUGACACCAUGGUAACAGCAGCUCAGUAGUUGCGCUCAUUGUCAGUGUUCACCAUUUGUUUAAUUUAUUUAUUUAACGUGACCUGUUUUGUUUUGUAUAUUUUGUGCUUAUUUAUUUAUUUAUUAUUACGUGUGGUUAUCCUCUGCUGAGAUCUUCACUCCGAGUUUACACAGGCCUACCUUGCAUACUUACGUCGAGGCAAUUUCAGUGAUGUAAAAAUAUUAGGACCAUUUGUUGUUUUGUAAAAAAAAAAAAAAAAAAGAAUAUUUCCAAUACAUCCAAACUACUCGAAACCAAAGCUGAAGAAGCCCGCAGAGGUUCGUUUUCAUUUUUCUACGGACUGAAACUGUAAUCUAUAGAGCAAUAUCUGUUUGGUCAGU